ACAGAACUUCAUCAGCCCGCAAAAACAUUACAAAAAAAAACUCAAACUCCAUUUUCUCUCUCUAUAUCUAUACAUACAUGUAUAGUUGUUUCUCUCUCCAUAUAUCAUCACUUUCUCUCACAAUAAAUCCAGGAAACUCAGACAACUACACUCCCUUUCACUUCAUCAAGCAUACCCACUUUCUAGUUUUCACUGUUUUUUUUUUCUUUUGCUUUGUUUUUCUGCAAGUGUAGAGAUAUAAAUUUUGUAUAUAUAGGUGGGGUAGUGGAGGUGGGUGGGUGGGAAAUGAAUCGAAUGUGAUGGGAGGAGGAUUUUCGCAGCUGUUUCCAUGUCUUGACCCGGCGGUGAACCGGGGUGAACCGGAGGUGAUCUUCACCGGAAGUGAACCGCUUGAUGAAACACUUGGUCAUUCCUUCUGCUAUGUGAGGUCGUCAGCCCGGUUUGUUUCUCCGACCAACUCAGAUCGAUUUGUUUCACCUUCUCAGUCACUCCGGUUUGAUGAACCGGGGAGGAACAGACUGACCGGUUCGGCGGAAACCGGGUUCAGAGCGAUUUCCGGUGCUUCUGUAAGUGCAAAUACCUCUACUCCUAGAACUGUCCUCCAACUUGACAAUAUUUACGAUGAUGCCACUGGUAGUGAUGGGAGUGUUGUGGGUUUUGCUUGUGGUGUAAAGGGUAGUGUUGUCAAUGGGUUUGAAAGUACGUCGUCGUUUUGUGCUUUUCCUCUUCAACCGGUUCCUCGCGGCGGCGAACCAUCCGGUCCAAUGGAAAGAGCGUUUUUUAUGUCCGGUCCAAUUGAGCGAGGUGCUCUAUCUGGACCGCUAGACGCUGCUGCUAGCUCCGAUGGCGGCGGUGGAGUUCCCUUCUCAGCUCCAUUAGGUGGAGCUUAUGUAAAAAAGAGAAGGAAGAAUGGCAUUGCAGGAAUUAGGAAGGCAUUCUACCGGAGCUUCUCUGAGAAAAAGCGGCCUUGGGUAGUCCCGGUGAGAAACUUCAUUGGGAGAAAGGAAAUGACAGCUGCCGGAAACUGUACUCGUGAUUCGGAUGCAGGAAGUGAUUCAAAUGUUCAAUGGGCAUUGGGAAAAGCCGGUGAGGAUCGUGUGCAUGUGGUCGUAUCGGAAGAGCAUGGAUGGCUCUUUGUUGGGAUUUAUGAUGGUUUUAAUGGCCCAGAUGGACCUGAAUUCUUGAUGAGUCAUCUGUACAAAGCAAUGUACAAAGAAUUAGAGGGUUUGUUUUGGGAUAGUGAAGAAACUAGUAAUCAGGAAGCAGAAAAUGCAGGUUUAGAAAACGAAGUGAUGAUCACUGAGGACUCAAACGAACCAAAUUCAAAUCGAGAAGCUAACCCCACAAAUAGGGGAGUAGAAGAAGGUGGAAAUGAGGUUAAUUUGGAACAUCCAGAUAAAGGGUCGGAAAAGAAGGUGACAUUUCAAUCAGGGGAAAUAGUGGUUAGGAGGAGGAGAUUGUGGGAAUAUUUAGCAGAAGCUGAGACAGAGGAUGGUCUUGAUCUUUCGGGUUCGGAUAGAUUUGCAUUUUCAGUAGAUGAUGCGUUAAGUGUAAAUAGUGCAGGUUCAGCAGUUAAUAGGAGGUCGUUGUUGUUGUCGAAGUUGAAACACGGAUUGCUAAUUAAGCAUAAAGAGAGUAAGAGGUUAUUUCCAUGGAAAUUUGGAUUGCAAGCUAAAGAGAAAGUUGAAGUAGGGGAGAAUAGAGUAGAAGAAAGGACUAAUAGAAGUGAACGGAGGCGUAAGGUAGGCCCGGUUGAUCAUGAGUUAGUUUUGAGAGCAAUGUCAAGAGCUCUCGAAUUCACUGAGCUCGCAUACUUGGAUAUGACAGAUAAAGUUCUUGAUCGGUAUCCUGAGCUUGCAUUAAUGGGUUCAUGUUUGUUGGUUGCUCUGAUGAGAGAUGAAGAUGUGUAUGUAAUGAAUGUGGGAGAUAGUCGUGCUAUUGUGGCACAGUACGAGUCUGAGGAGGUUAGUUGUAGUUCAGAAUCAAGAGGUCCAUGUAACAGUGAGUUGGCCGUUGAGGGCAUUGUUGAAGAACCCAUAGUUGCCGGCGAUGAGGAAAGUAGGGUGAUGAAUGAUAUACCUAUUCAAGCUGCUAAGCUGACUACCUUGCAAUUGUCUACUGAUCACAGCACCAGCAUUGAGGAAGAAGUUACUAGAAUUAAGAAUGAACACCCAGACGACAGCAACUGCAUUGUUAAUGAUAGAGUGAAAGGUCGUCUAAAGGUCACUCGUGCUUUUGGAGCGGGCUUCCUUAAAAAGCCUAAAUUGAAUGAGCCAUUGCUAGAAAUGUUUCGGAACGAAUAUAUUGGGGAUGCUCCUUAUCUAUCUUGUACACCUUCGCUGCGACAUCAUAAACUCUGUCCUAGAGAUCAGUUUUUGGUGCUCUCCUCUGAUGGCUUAUACCAAUAUUUGAGCAAUCAGGAGGUUGUUUGUCAUGUUGAGAAUUUCAUGGAGAAAUUUCCUGAUGGGGAUCCUGCUCAGCAUCUGAUUGAGGAGCUCUUAUUCCGUGCAGCCAAGAAAGCUGGAAUGGAUUUACAUGAAUUACUGGACAUCCCCCAAGGAGAUCGUAGGAAGUACCACGAUGAUGUUACAGUUAUGGUGGUAUCUCUAGAAGGAAGAAUUUGGAAGUCGUCUGGGAAGUACCUCUAAUGUUACUCUUCCGGCGAUCUAUUCCAUGUAUAGUAAUAUGCAGCAAUUUUGAUCUCUUGCUCCAGUUAUACCCUUGACAACAACCAGAACUAGUGCUAGAUAUACGACAAGGCUCGUGAACGUAGAAGUUUUGUAGUUGGGAUUGCUCAGAACUGCUCCUAGAAAAGAAAGAAACUGGAUCUUUUCAUUUAGUUUCUUCUUAGAUUUUGCAUAGUAGAUCUUUCAUUCAUUCAAGUUCUUUCUUUCUUUCUUUCUUUUUUCCCCUCCCAUCUCAUCUACCCUUUUAGAGCCAAACAAGUAAUUUGUAAUCUAUAGGGUAUAAAUAUUUAUUUUGGAGGUGGAUUUCCACCAAUGUGGUUU